AUGGAGUUAACCAUAGCAGAAACCAGCCAGUUACAACAAUUAAGAGCUGAGAUACUAGGCGAACUUGAUAAAGAUGAGAAUAAUUUAUAUAGUGAAGAGGAAGAAGAAAAUAUUAAUGAAGACGAAAACUUAAAUAACAAAAAGAGUUCUGCUUGGAACUAUUUUAAAUUACAAAUUUCUGGAAAAAAAUAUGUAAAAAUUGUUCUCAAAAAUAUGGAUACACUUACUGUUUUGGAGCCUUUGGAAAAAGCUACAGUCUAUCUUUCUACUGCUAGAUAUCAGACAAUUGCAGAUGUUCGGUUUGUUUUUUUAGGAAUUUUGGAUUAUUUGAAUGAUUUGAUUGGAUCAGAAGAAUUUAGUCAAAAUGAAUUAGCAUCAUCUAUAAAUCAAAAGAUUGAUGACUAUUGGAAAUAUAUUGAUGAACAAACUUUAGUAGCUGCAAUUUUAGAUCCUCAGACAAAACUUACUUUAUUUGAAUCAGGAACACCAACCACUAAUGCAAUAUCCACUGUUACAGCUUUAUUACGUAGUUAUCAUGUUGUGACAAGUGAAAAUUGCAAAAAAACUCAAGAUGAAAAUAAUUAUAGUAGUACACGAGAAUAUUUUGCACGAAAACAGUAUCAUUUAUCUGAAAAGUUCAAACCUUAUUUGAACUCCAGUUCUGAACAAGUUCAAACCUAUUAUAAAAACUCAGUUCCCGAGUUCUACCUAUUGGAACUUUAA